AUGGGACGUGGUGAGAAGAAAUCGGAUGACAACGAUUCAUACGCCAAGUUCUUGAAGAACAGGAAGCCAGUCGACGCCAAAGUCGAGGCUGCAGAGAUGGACGAAGGUGGAGCUGAUAAUGACGUCGGCGGAGGGAUGACAACCGUCACAUGGAGUUCCGACGAGGAUAUUGCUUUGCUGAAUGCGUUGAAAGCGUUUGUGUGA